AUGAAGGUUUCAACUACAACAACUCUCGACGCUUCUGUCAGCACCCCUCCGCCUGCUCCAACACCUAUUCCUAUCAUGUCGUCUUCCCCUGCUCCUCUUCGACCCGCGCUCGGAAUCGGUAGGCCGAGUGGCGGACGAACACCGAGAUUAGGCCUAGCUAUCCCACCAUCUCCCAAUGUUAAGCCGGUAGGCGCCGCAGGCGCUCCAUCGCGGCCUCAACUCACAGUACACGUCGCCACUCCGAUGGGUAGCACCAUCGCACCGUAUGAACAACAUCGUCCUACAAUCCAGCCGGGACAAUCUGCGAGCGGUGGUAGCGAAAGCAGCGCGGCGCACUCGCGAUCCGGUAGUUUCGGUCCCCUCGACGGAAGAGCUAGCAACCCUACAUCCGCAGGUUCCCAAUUCUCCGCCCUAUCGUUUGCGUCACAAUAUGGCAUCGGUUCGAGGCCGCAGGGCACUCCGGACCCCAUAUCUGCUGUCGGUUCUAUCUACUCUGAGAGAAGCGAAGGGGGCAUCGGCAUGGAGCGAGAUAAUAGCACGCAGGGUCUCGAGGAUAGCUUCGAUAAGCUAACUCUAGAGAAAGCAAGAACUGCCGAUGUAGAUGAGCUUGAUGAUAAUGGCUGGAGAAUCGCGAGCGCAGAAAGCAGAAUUGUUGAGUUGGGCAGCCUAGGCGAGGGUGCUGGCGGUGCUGUCACACGAUGUAAGCUGAAGGGUGGAAAGACGGUAUUCGCAUUGAAGGUCAUUACUACAAAUCCAGACCCGGAUGUUAAGAAGCAGAUCUUCCGUGAAAUCAACUUCAAUAAGGAAUGCGCAUCAGAGCACAUUUGCCGAUACUAUGGUGUUUUCGGCGACCCUGCUACAGCCACUAUUUCUAUCGCUAUGGAGUUUUGCGAGGGCGGAUCCCUCGACAGCAUUUACAAGGAAGUAAAGCGACUUGGCGGCCGAACAGGCGAAAAGGUCCUAGGGAAGAUUGCCGAAGGCGUUCUUCGAGGUUUGACUUAUCUCCACAGUAAAAAGAUUAUCCACCGAGAUAUCAAACCAUCGAAUAUUCUGCUUUGCCGCAACGGCGAAGUCAAAUUGUGCGACUUUGGCGUUUCCGGUGACUUUGGAACCAAGGGUGAAGCUAAUACUUUCAUCGGUACGAGCUAUUACAUGGCACCGGAGCGUAUUACCGGUCAAAGUUACACUAUCACGUCAGACGUUUGGUCUACCGGAGUAACACUCCUUGAGGUAGCUCAGCACCGAUUCCCCUUCCCAGCUGACGGAACCGAAAUGCAACCCAAAGCAGGAUUGAUCGAUCUGUUGACCUACAUCGUCCGACAACCGAUACCAAAAUUAAAGGACGAGCCGGAUGCCAACAUAUUCUGGAGUGAUAGUUUUAAAUAUUUCAUCGAGUGCUGUCUCGAGAAAGAACCAAACCGCCGGGCAAGCCCAUGGAGGAUGCUUGAGCACCCUUGGAUGAUGGAGAUGCGAACAAAGAGGGUCAAUAUGGAGAGAUAUCUAUCCCAGGUCUGGGGAUGGGACGAGGAGACGAAAUCCUAA